AUGCGCGAGUUAGAAAUGGAAAAAGGCAGGAUGACGGAUUUGCAAAAGGAGAACGAAAUGCUUUUCCAGGACCUGGUGAGCGCCAGAAGAUAUUUACCAAUUCAACGAGGGAUCGUGGAUGAACGCUACUACUCGAGCCCCUAUGAGGUUCUGCAGGAACUGAUCCUCUGCCAUCUGGAAAGGCAGAACGUGAUCGAAACGACGAUUGACAUCGAUGCUGAGGGGUAUGGCACCAUGACCAUUUUGCUGCUAAACGGUAGCGAAUACCUCCGCUGCGAAAUGCGGACAUCAAACGGAGUGUGUCUAACAUUCCGCAGGGCCUCCCUGAGAACAAGUGGAAGGGGGAUUACUGUGGGCACCCGCCUUGGAUUUGGGGUGCUCACCAUAGUCAACCGCGGCAAGACUUGCCGUUAUCAGAGUCCUUCACCGAUGUGGUGA